CUGUGGAGGACUCGCAGCUUUCUCUGCCUCUAACCACCUCCUUUUGCUCGAGAUAUUCUAAAACCCUAAUUUAUUUCUGCGUCAAAAAUCAAUCAUUUUCAAUCCAUUUGCUCGCUCCACGCUAACGAAUGAUCAAGAGAAAGCCAUCUUUUUUAUCCGAAGAUCAUAUUUAGAACUUCUCAUGUUAGCUGAAUCUGAAGUCAAAAUUAGAUUUUGAAUUCUUUCUGAAAUUGGAAUAUGCUCUCUUUAACUGCUCUCAGAAGAGUUUGUGCUGCAAUUGAUGUUUUUGCUGUCACCAUAAUUACCGCCCAUCUUUUAAAAUCAAGACCCAAAACGGAUAUCUCAAUCGCCGCCAGCUGUUCGGCCGAAGGCGUCGAUAAUUUCCCCACCAUUGCUUCUUGCAAAGCUGCCCUUUUGAAGAGGAAACAAACAAACCCUAAUCCUGAAUCUACUCCCCCUGAAACCCCUCCCAAUAAUUCAUCAGAUCGGAUACCCGUAAGCGAGCCUGCUCUUGUCAAGCUCAAGAAGGAGAGGGAUCCAGAGAAACUAUUCGAUUUAUUCAAAUCGAAUGCCCACAAUCGCCUUGUUGUUGAAAACCGGUUUGUGUUUGAGGACACAGUGUCGAGACUUGCUGGGGCACAUCGAUUCGAUCUCAUCGAGCAACUUCUUGAACAUCAGAAGGCACUUCCUCAGGGUCACCGUGAAGGGUUCAUUGUUCGUAUUAUAAUGCUCUAUGGACGGGCUAGAAUGCCGGAUCAUGCCCGUAAGACUUUUGAAGAAAUGCAUCUCUUUGGGUGUCUGAGAACUGUCAAAUCGUUUAAUGCUACGCUUAAGGUCUUGUAUGAAAACCGAAGGUUCGAUGAGAUUCAAGAGGUUAUUAAUGUGAGUCGGAGUAAAUUUGGGAUUGAAUUCGAUGAUAUUUCAUUUAAUAUAAUUAUCAAGGUUUUGUGCGAGUUGGGUCAUUUAGAUGAUGCUUGCUUGACCAUGAUAAAUAUGGAUAAAUGUGGAGUUAAACCUGAUGUUGUUACAUACACUACUUUGAUUUCUGCGUUCUAUAAGAAUGGUCGACGAGAGAUUAGUGAUGGUUUGUGGAAUCUCAUGGUGCUUAGAGGAUGCUCACCAAAUUUAGCUACUUAUAAUGUUAGGAUACAGUACUUGAUUAAUAGGCAGAAGGCUUGGCAAGCGAAUAGCUUGAUUCGAAAGAUGGAUUAUGCUGGCAUAAAGCCAGAUGAGGUGACUUAUAAUCUGAUUAUUAAGGGCUUUUGUAUGAUUUAUGAGCUUGAAAUGGCUAAGAGGAUAUUUUUCUCUAUGCAUGGAAGGGGAUGCAAACCAAACGGUAAGAUUUAUCAAACUAUGGUGCAUUAUCUUUGUAAAGGAGGAGAGUUUGAUAUGGCAUUUAGAUUGUGCAAGGAUAGCAUGGAAAGGAAUUGGUAUCCUAGUGUUGAUACCAUUGAUAAACUACUGAAAGGCCUUGUGUCUAUCUCGAAGGGCCGCAAUGCUAAGGAGAUCAUGAAGCUGGUUAGUGAGAGAAAACCUAGUUAUUCGCGGGAUGAAUUGAAGGCCUUUACAGAGAUAUUGUCUGCAAGAAGAGAUGAGAACAGAAUUAAAGGCCUUUAGAGCCAUCUUUUUUAUUCACAUUCUUUCUUGAUUUUAUCUACGGCUAGACAUGGAAAAUUAUUUUGAUGUAGUGGAGGCUUCUCAUAUUCUACUUCUGACUGAGUGGAUCAUCAUGCAAUUGAAGACCAAAAAGUGCAUGCAAAGUUUACUUUCUGGGGAAGGGACUUAAAAAGCAACAUCAGCGAACGAAGCAAGCUGACUUCUUAAUUCGAUCAUCACAAGCAGCGAAACCACUAGCACUGCUGCAAGAAACUGUAGUCAUUAAAAUUCUGGACCUUCCACCUAACAGCAGCAACAUCUGCAGCUUGGGCCGAUGCGAACCAUCUCGGCCUAAUGAAGUUCACUGGCCGGGCACCAUUAAGCACUUUCGACUUGCCUGCAAGAGACAAACAACUCGGAUUGGGAACUGGCUUCUCCUUAGUUAUGCGUCAGAUCGUGAUGCCAGUACUUAUUCCAAUUUAUGUGAAUUUAAGUUCAGGGUUUACAGUACAAACAGGUCUCCUCUUAGACCUAAGUU